AGACACAUGUUUUCCGUUUUUUCUCUUCUUGUUUUCGCUUCUUGGUUCUCCUGAGAACCUCUUAUGUUCUUCAUUGGGACCACUCAUCUCAUUUCAAAUCAAACAAACAAUAUGAGAAGCGGGGGUCAAAUUAACAAAUAAACAUGCGGGCGAGAUGUCUAAAUUGGAAAAAAAAGAAGGGCAUCACUCAACUGGUUUAUUUAUUCCCCGCUUGUCACGAAUCCCGCAAUUGUAUUUUUCAAAUUUCGGCUUCAACCAUGACAACCAAGCUAUGGCUUAUUUCGAAGACUCUGAGCACUGAGAAUAGUCUCGAUCGUUUUACUGGGGAGCCUGUCGAACCAGAGAUGGAAGAUCCCGAUGUCAUCGCUGCUCGUCAAGAGCAAGAGAAGCGUCGCAAGGACAAGCAUAGAAGAAUGGAAGCCGAUCGUGAGCGUAUGCGUCAGCAAAUCCGGAACAAGUACAACUUGAAAAAGAAGGAAGAAGCACGCGAGCAAGAAAUUGCAGGACGGAUUGCUGGCAAUCGCAAGACUCCGGAGCAAGUUGCGUUGGAAACGUUGAACGCCGAAGAAGACGAGGGAAUCAUGUCGGCUAUCAAUGACACGUAUGAAAAAGCCAAGAGCACAGUUGCCUCAGCGUGCUCAACAAUGAAGAACGUUGUCAGCCUUUGGAAAACUUAACAGUGCCAAACAAUAAUCUGUAUUUUUUGUAUGUAGCCUCUCCAUAAUCUCUGAUCUACCCACUCUAAAGUACCAAAAUUUUCAAUUUUCAAGAACUUUGACUUUUUAGUGAGUAAUCAUUAUCUAGACACGGCUCUCGUUAUUUUAUGCUAUUAUUAAAAAUUGAUGUAUUUGAUGAAAAUGAGGAACUCAUGAGAAUGAUAUAAAUAGACGAUGAGAUCAUUAAAUGUAGGCGGAAGUUCAGAACAUAAAUUUUUCUUCAUUUUUCAUCAGCUAUCAUCAAUUUUCGAUAAAAGCAUUUAUGUACAUAUUUCAAGUAUUGACUCUGCAUAUUUUGGUUUUUCAACUCUCCUGUACAUCUAAACUCAUAUUUUUCUGUUCACAUUCUGAUUUGAAAACGCACAACUUUACAACGUUUUUUAUGUGCAUUUUCGUUUGGUUUGACGGGCUGUCACGAGCUAUUUAUGUACUUUAGAGUUUUUCCAAUUUUUGCCAUAAAGAUUUCGAUGGGGAUUUGCAAA